AUGGAUUUCGAGGAUGGAAGUGGCGGGGACAUACCUACGCGUCCCAUGCGUGUCAAAAUACUCUACACCUUCGACCACGACAGCAAGACCAAUUGUCUUGCACGCGUGCCCGACGUCCUCAACAUCCCCGCCGUCGCGAUCGAGGAGGGCAAUGAGGUGGGCGUGAUUGGGCUGAAGCAGUGUCUGCACGCCAUCACCUCCGCCUCCCCCGAAAUCCUCUCGCGUCUCUCCGAUGGCGAUUUCACCAUCUACGCACACGACUACAGCGAAAACGACACGCCUCUCGUCGGCCAAGGACUCUUGUCCGUCGCGCUCGCCACCGCCACCCCGACGUCUCAACAGAGCACCAUGAUCACAGGACGCGUCUGUGCCAACAAGCUCGCGUUGUUUGGGAACGGAGUGAAGGAGACGCUGGAGGUCAAGCUGCGGCUCACACCGGUCCACAAGCCCACAGGCGGCGACAUGACCAAGAGCAUGGAUGGCUCGCGUCCGAUGAGCCCAGCCAUGUCCGGUGGCUUCGACCCAAAUGCAUGGAACAACACGCAGCAAGGCAGGAAUCGACAAGACCUCGCCGACUACUUCAACUUCGACACGUUCAGCAGCGACAGAGACAUGGCCAUCGUCGACGACCUCUUCAGCCUGGAAUCGACUAGCAGCGGAGGCGGAAGUGGCGGACAGCAGCAGGUGGCGGGCACCGCUGAGACCCCGUCGGACCCGGCCUUUGCAUUCAACCCCGCUUUUUCUCACAGCGCGCCAGGCAGCCGAGCGGCAAGCCCAAUUAUCGCUCUGGAUUCAAGCAACCGUAACGACGCCCUACGUCAUCACAGCUUCUCUGGCAAUCUUCCCAACUUCCCCCCGGAACAAUCUCGGCCCGCGAGUCGCGCUAGUGUGCGAAGUGAAUGCCAAACUCCCGUCCAUCAACGCCAAGCCUCCGCCCCCUCCCUUCCCCAGCCCACCGCCGUGCAGCAGACAGAGGUCUAUUUCAACGAAGAUGGCCAGCCUCGCAAGCGCGCAAAGGUCAUGCAGACGGACUGGCGCGGAAGGUCGUCGUUCGGCUCCAAGUCGUCCGACCUGCGUGUCACCGCCGCCACCACCGCAUCCAUGCAGAUGCGUCGUCCCAUCGCGAAACGUGCGAGUGCACCCGGAAGCAAUCUUGAGCCACCGCCCCGUGUGCCCACGCCCGUCCCGCAACGCACCGUCAUGCUGCCGCAAGGAGCGCAACAAGGAGGUCCGCGACGAAGCUUAUUGCGACAAGCCUCUACUGCCGAUUCAGACUUUAUGUCCGACUUCGACAAUUUCUCCGAUGCCAUCAUGAGCUCGCCAGAAGAGGAGUCGCCUGGCAACAGCAUCAACGCCGACGUAUCCCCACAAGAAAUUCCCUCGUCCCCGCCCGUCUUCUUCGGCGACAUGCCGCAUCAGCCAAGCAGCCCUGGCCUUCCAAGUCUGCCGCCCUCGCGAUUUGCUGAUAGUGGAUACAUGAGCGAGCGUGGCCUGACCAGCAGCAAUGUCAUCGACAGUCUGGAGCGUGACGAAGAUCGAAGUCCCGAUGCUCAGGACUAUGAAGUGGCCACUCAAUACCGCCCGCACAAGCAGCAGUCCCGUCCGAUCAUUAAGACUGAGAAGGUGGGAGGCUCGCCCGCCCCGCCGCCGUAUCCGAGUGAUCCGGCUCCAUUUGACUUGAACAUUCAAUUCGAGACGCCUGGGGACAUGACUGAGCUGCCGCAGAAGAUGCUGCGAAACAGUGUUCCACCGCGCAGGGAGGGCAGUCAAGGACCAUCGCAAGUUAUGAAAUCCACGGUCACAGCUCCUUCCCCUGCGUACCUCACGCGCCCCAACACCCCAGCGGCAGCGUUUACGCCAUUCGAGCAGUCGCAUUCCAGAAGAGGCUCCCUUGCACUGCCGCCGAAUGCUGCUCCGCCUUCUUCCGAUCUGCCAGAGAUGUCGCAAAAAGCUGCGCCGAGGAGACCAUCGGUUCAUCGAUCACGCACGACAUCAAACGACUCCGAAGCCGGUUCGCCGGCGCCGAGUGAAAUUGGAGGACGCCCGAAGGGUCCGACACGGUCAGGUUCUGGAGCGCAGAGGCGGAAGAAGAUGAUCUACGACCGCCUGCACGAUUCCAUUGCAAAGGGCGAGGCGCCGCAGUUUUGCGUCCACUGUGGCGCCAUCGAGACCCCCACCUGGCGCCGCCUUUAUGUGAAGGAGUGCACCGGAAAGCCAUCACCGCUUGAUGAAGCUGAAGGCGAGGGCGAAACGAUUGGCGUGGAGGUCACGGAGACUGACAAGGAAACUGGCGAGCCCACGAAGUUCGUGAUUCGAAAGUCUAUGAAGAAGACGAAGGAUAGCUUGCCAGGCCCUGGCUUUGAGGAUGUCGUGCUCUGCAAUCCGUGUGGACUUUGGUUCAACAAAUUCCGCAAUAUGCGCCCACGAUCGAAGUGGACGAGGGUGUCUGGCACGCGGAGAAGUAAGAAGCAGAGACAAAAUGAGAACGGGAAUGAACCGGGCUUGUUUACCGACAGCAUGGAGCCUGGCUCAGAUUCAUACAACGCGGACCGCGGCGCGACUGAAGAUAGGGAGGCAUCUGGAGAGCGACAGCUUCCUGCUGAAGGCAGAGCCGAAGCCAAUCCACCUCCCGUCACCAGACCACGAGCAAAUAGUGUGCAGGGAGAGCAACAACAUCGAGGCGGCGAGCAAGGGAAUUGGAAGGCAUCCCGGAUGGACGCAAGAGCCGUUCAGUCCAGUCCAGGUGGCUUUCACGGUUCGCAACAAUCGCCGAUCGAGAUUGAAGAUCUCACGCCGAAACCAACACGACGCCUACUUUUCCCUUCACCACGGCGUGAAGGCGAGAUGGGCAAGAGUCUGGAGGAAUCCCACGCCGACUUGAGCGGGAAACCUACGUUCUCGCCCAAACAAGGAAUGGAUCUAGACUUUUCUCAACAACACACCAACGUCUUUGAAGCGUUCACAAUCGGCAAGGAAAACGUUGCGCCGCCUCUCAACGGCGCAGACGACGAUUUGGCAUAUCUCUUCGAAGGCUCGCCCGGAGCUCUCUUCCGCACUCCCUUCAAAACUCCCUCCAAACCCACCCCAAGAUCCACCACCCACGCCGACGCCUUUACGACCCCCCAAAAGUCCAGCCGCAAACGCAAACCCCUCUCCCCCAACCCCAACGCCGCAAACCACGACCACGCCGCCAUCAACGACUUCAUGACUUCCCCCGCCUCAGCGCGCUACUGGUUCCGCACAACGCCCAGCCGGCUCGAACGCACUCCCGGCCGCGUCAGCGACGACGAACACGACAUUUCGCCUUGGUCUCGCCAGUUGGCGCAGAUGCUGUCGGAUGCGAACGACCCUGUCGCUGCCGCGCACGGCGAUGCGCUGCUCACGAGUCCCAGUCGGCAAUUUGAUUUUAGCGAUUUGCCGACGUUUGAGACGCCUGGGCGCUUGACGCUGGGCGAUGGGAGUUGUGAUUGGGAGGGUUUGGAGGGGAUUUUGAGCAGUGAUUUUGCGUCUUAUGAGGAUGCGGUCGAGCAUGAGUCCGGUCCUAGUAGCUGA